AUGAUGGCAGCUGGCGCUGAGCAGAUGGCGGCAGCUGGCGCUGAGCAGAUGGCAGCGGCUGGCGCGGUGCAAGCGGCGGCAGCUGGUGAUCGGCAGAUGGCGGCUGCGGGCGCUGAAGGCGAUGCAGCACAGGCGCUUGGGGCGAGAGGAGAUGCAGCUGAGAGAGGCCUGGAACUGGUUGGACAAGAACUUGUACCAGCUUCUCAAGCCUUGGCCUUGAGGACACCGGAUGGGUUGGAGAAAGGGCGAGGGUCAGACGCUGCAAAGGGCUCUAGGUCACCAAGGGCAGCCACAGAACCAGUUAGCCAGGGUCAGAAGUCAAAGGAGGGUUCAGUCAGAGGCCAAAAAGGAACCCCAAAAGAAAUAGAACCAGAGAAGCGUCAAGAGAUGGCAACACCCAGUGGACAGCCAGUUUCACUAGGUCCCCAUUCCUUUGUGACACCAGAGGGACAGGUCCAAAGUAUGUUGCCACUUUUUUCACCAGAGCAGACGGUGAAACUUCAUGAGAUCCACCAGAUGCCUUUUGCAUCGCCUGCGGCUUCAUGGAAUGGUCCUGCGGUUGGAGAACAUGGACACGGGGGAGCUGAGCGACAAGCAGUUCCAGGUUGGUUCACAGGGUUGCUUCAAUCAGUAGGAUCUCAGCAAGGUGAACAUGAGGCGAGGCAAAGGGAUUACAUGUGGAGAAUGCAAGUUGAGCAUGGCAUAGAACAUCUAGGGGUUCAGUUGCGUGCGGCACAGCAUGAAAACCAAAGACUUCGUCAAGAGCGUCAAGAGUUGUUGGAAGCCUUGGAAAAGAAGGGAUCGUCGAGGUUUACCACACCAGAUGACAAAGCAGCCAACAUGUUAAAAAAGGAGGAAGGGGCAGAGUCCCGGCAAGAAAGACCUUCCAAGGAGGAAGGGGCAGGUGCCCGGCAAGGAACACCUUCUAAGGAGGAAGGGGCAGAGGCCCGGCAAGACAGAUCUUCUCAAGAGGAUGGGGCAGAAGCCCGGCAAGAACAGUCAGAGAGCGAUUCGUCUUCUGAGGAGCCGCAAAGAGCAAGCAGGCCAAAGGAGAGCGUUGACAAGCAGUCCAUGAGGAUCAUGCUCAAGUUGAUGGAGGGCAUGCAGGAGCUUCAGAAACAGAUUGUGAUCUCCAAGGAGGAAGGAAAAGGUGAUGAGAUUGAAGUGGUGCGCUAUGUGGCGGAUCUCCCAAAACUUGCUGAGUGGAAUCCGGAGACGGCGCCCAUCGAUUUUGGUGAUUGGGUGAUUUGUCUGCAUCCUCAUAUGGCAGACUUGAGCUCAACGAGUGAGAUGUGGUGGGACUUGACCCUCUCAACAGCGAGGACUUGGUAUGAUCACCACAUGAAGCUAUCGCCAAUUGAGAGGUUGACGAGCACACCAAGGCCUACACCAGAGUUGCAGCAGAAGAAGUGGUCCCGGCUGGAAAGAAGGGCUUCGUCCUUGCUCUUGAAUGCGUUGCCGCAGACGAUGAAAGAGGAGGUGAAUUGCGGCGAAGUCCAUCACAGCUUUGGGCAUUUUGUCUCGUGCGAUGCUGCAGUUUCAACCUGGAGGGCUGACAGAGAGAAGCGCUAUUUUGACGGCGCUGGAAGCACCUAUGGAAGCUGCAACCGUGGGUUCAGCCAUCCAACAGCUGAGACGUUGGAUGAGAUGGAAGCGAAAAUUGUUUCCAGUUACCCAGAUCUCAACUUCCGCUUGUCGUUGGUCAAGAGCUCAUUGUUGGUGGAGACAGUUCCAACGUUGGAGACAGUGACCCAGUACAGCGAACACCUUCUUGCAGAGCUGGAGCAGAUGGGACAGCAGGCAAAAAGGAAGGAAGUGAUGGCAGAGAGCCAGCCAAAGGUGAAGAAGUUUGAGGAAGCCUCGGGAAGCAAGCCUGAAGAAAGGACCAGGCCGAAGGGGAAGCCUCAAGAGGAGUUUGAAGGGAGGAGGAAACCAUGUAGGUUUUACCUCACAGACUCAGGUUGCCGAAGAGGUAGAGGAUGUCCUUUUGGACACCAGUUGGAUGGAGAAAGAAGGUGUUGGACAUGUGGAGGAAAGGACCAUAUGGCCACAGCCUGUCCGACCACAGAGGAGUCCAAGCCGAAGGCAGCAAAGUUUGGUUCCAAGACUGCAGAGAAGGAUGUGAAGUCCGCUACAACAUCUCCUGAAAAGUCCGAGGAGCAGUCUGAGGCCACGGGUAACGGAGGAGAAGAAACUAUGAAGUCGUUGCUGGAUGAAGCAAGUCGGAUGCUCAAAUCAAUGAAUGAAGGAGAUGUCAAAGAAAAGAGACAGAAAGGGGAGGACGCACAAGAAAGGAUCUUGGGCCUACAGAAGCAGCUGGAUGAGCUCAAGAAGGCUUCUAUGCGACCCUUUCGCAUCUCCAAGUUGUGCCCAAUGGUGAACAAGGGCUUACUGGACUCAGGGGCAACACACCCUUUGCGAGCCAAAAGAAAGGGAGAACGUCUUCACCAUCUACCAAAGGUCAAGGUGACGCUGGCAGGUGACAAGGAGAUCUAUAUGGCACUCACUCCAACGGGAGUCAUUGUGGGCGAAGAAGGCACGGAGCCCAUAGUGCCCAUGGGAUUGCUGACUGCAGUCCUUGGAUGUGAAAUCUCAUGGAAGCCAGAAGGUCUUCAGGUGGUGCACCCAGUGCUUGGCAAGUUGGAGGUGGUGGUUGAAGCUGGAUGUCCAAUGGUAUCACAGUCCACGGCCAUGAAGCUCAUCGAGGAGAUUGAGGCCAAGGCCGUGAAGGUUGUGAAAAGUUUGAAAACGGGGGAGGACUCAGAAGAGGCAUGGUUGAGAAGUGAUCGUCGAUUGAUGUAUGAGUUUGAGAUCACCCAUGGAAAGCUUGAAGCAGAUCUUUCACCUGAAGGUGAGGCCUACCCGCUCUUGUUGAGGGCAGCUUUGGAUGGAUUGGUGAAGGGUUGGAUAGCCGGGCCACCAUGCAGGACCAGAUCGGUUCUCAGACAUCUUGAAGUUCCAGGGGAAGCCAUGCCGAGGCCUCUGAGAAGUUGGAAUGGAGGGGAGUUUGGCAUAGAAGGGCUUUCGAACUUUGAGAAAGAGCAGGUCACCUUGGAUGACACGUUGCUCAUGCGGUUUUUGGUUCUCUACAUUGUGUCAGAGACGGUGCGCAGAGCAGCUGGGCUAGAGACACCCACCACUUUGAUCCUGGAGCAGCCUGCCUCACCUGAACACAAGCCUGAAGUGGUGUCGCUUUGGAGAACACCUCAAUGGAAGAGCCUGGCCGAGAUCUAUGAGCUGCAGACCCAGCGUUUUGACCAGUCAGAGUUUGGGGCCAUAGCUACAAAGCCAACGACUAUAGGAGGAAAUCUGCCACUUCAAGUACCACUUCAAGGAAAGAAAGGGCAACCACGUGAUGUCUCUGGAAUGACCAAGGCAGAGAUCUGCGAAUCGUCCAGGAGAUUGUCACGGUGGCCACCCUUGAUGAUGAGGUCCAUUGCUGUUGCUCUCCAAACCUGCACCAUGGGCGAAGAGGUCAAGUUACGGGCAGUUUCAUGGCAGGAGCACAUUGCAGCAGGCCAUACUCCUUUUAGAAGAGAUUGCAGAGUGUGCCAAGAGGCCUGUGCGCGUGAUGCUCAUCAUCGGCGGCAGAAAUUGCCACCAAAGGCGGGUGUCCUUAGUGUGGACAUCUCAGGACCUUUCAAAGAAGCACCUGAUUUGCAGAAGAAGAAGGCGAAGUAUCUCCUGGUAGCCAGCUUCACUUGGACAGCCAGGAACCAAGAUGGAGAGGAGGAGGUUGAGGAGAUACCUGAAGUUCCCCCAGAUGCGCCGGAGAUUGAGGAUCCAGAAGCAGAGGAGGAGCUACAGCAGAUUGCAGAUCAGGUUGAAAACCCAGAAGAAGGCCCAAAGGAGGACACAUCAGAGGAGCUUGAAGAAAGAAAGCCGGUGAGGAUUGAGGUCACCAAGCUUUGCGAGCCUUUGGCAUCAAGGAGCCAAGAGGAUGUGUCCAGGGCGAUCAUCAACAUGUACAUGCGUCUGAGAGCAGACGGGUAUCGAGUGACACAGCCGCAUAGCGACAGAGGAGCUGAGUUCAGAUCGAGGAUUUUGGAAAAAUGGUGCCUGUCACGCACCAUCCUUCAGACGUUUACGCCUGGGGAUCAGCCCCAAAUGAAUGGACGUUGUGAAGCGAUUGUCCAGCACAUCAAGGCAGCCAUCAGGCGGACACUUCAUGGAGCUGAAGCACCUUUUGAUCGCUGGCCAAUUGCGCUGACGAAGAUGGUCAUGCAGGGCUUGAGUGAACCACCAAAGUUGGAGGAUUGGAUUGGAGUUGAAGAUGCCUUGAACCCAAUCGAAGAGAGGAGGAGAAUCAGACACAAAGCGUCCAUAUACAUGCUGGAGGUUGAGGACGCCGCGGAAGCAGAUGAACUUGAGAACCAAGAAGGAGAUGGCAGAUCACCAAGUUUUGAGGAGGAAGAAAAGGAUGCAUGGGCCAAGAAACAAAGGGUCCAACGUUUGAUAGAGGAGGAGAUGGUUGAGGCCAUGGAAGAUGAUGAGAAAGUUGCUGGCAUGGUGCUGGAUUCCAUCACCAUGGUCAAAGAGUUGAUUGGACCUGAGAAAGGAGAAGAAGUUUUGCAGACACGCAUUGUGUCACAAGCUGAAGUUCGCCGUUCCAUUGAGGUUUGGAGGCCAUCCAUCGAGAAAGAGCUGACCUCCUUGUUUGAGACGAAAGGGGCGCUGAGAAAGAUCACAGAAGCUGAGGUGAAGAAGCUGCUUGACGAAGAUCGAGCAGAACUUAUCCCUAGCAAGCUGGUCUUCACAGUCAAGCCAGAUCAGACCAACAAGGGUGGCAAGAAAAAGACACGAUUGGUGGCUUGUGGGAACUUCUCAGAAAGAGAAGAAGGGCAAGAUCUCUUUGCAGGCGGAGCAUCAGCAGUGGCACUUCGAGCUGCAUUGACGGUGGAUGAGAAUGGGGAGAAGAUGGAGCCUAGAAGAGCCAUCAUCCGCCCUCCUGCUCUUCUCAUUUUGGCUGGAUUGGCCAAGCCAGACGAAUUCUACGAGGUCAUCAUGGCCCUCUACGGCUACAAGGAGUCACCCAAAUUGUGGUCAGACUACCGUGAUCAGGAGAUUGCAAAGAUGGAGUUACCAUGCGAGGGUGGCAUUUUGACCUUGCAGCAAAUGAUCACGGAGCCAAACAUGUGGAGAAUGAUGCUGAAGCAACCAGGUCCCAACUUGCAGACGAAUGAGGAAGAGUUUGUGGGACUACUUUUGGUCUAUGUGGAUGAUCUUCUGGUCCUUGGUUUUCCCUCAUCCAUCGCUGCAGUCAUUCAAGGGGUGCAGGCGAAAUGGGAGACAUCGGAGCCAGAGACCAUCAACAUGCAGAAGGAGGUGAGAUUUUUGGGCGCGGAGCUAUGGAGAAGAGAAGAUGGAGCCUGGUUGAUGACGCAGACAAACUACAUCAAGGACUUGCUGAAAAGAAAUCUUGGAGCAGAUCCCACUACGUGGCCGACUAGAAAGAUUCCUUUGGUGAAGGAGCCCGAGGUCAUUGAAGGUGAGGAGAAGACUCCAAUGGCAGUCAAAGAAGCCCAGCGAGUCAUUGGUGAAUUGGUUUGGAUCACUGCCAGGUCCAGGCCUGAUUUGGCUUUCACUGUCUCCAAGCUGGCGUCAUUGAUCACAAAGUCACCUAUGCAGGUUGUGCAGUUGGUGAAACCAGUGUGGUACUAUUUGGCAGCCACCAUGGACCAAGGUUUGAUUUUUCAGAACAACAUGGGCGAGAAGCAGCUCAAUGUGUACACGGAUGCAUCAUAUAGCGAUAUCUCAUUUGGAUGCCAUUUGAUCCUUUGGGGAUCGUCGCUGUUGCUCUGGAAGGCUGGCAAGCAGCCCAUUCAAGCUGCAUCGACGGCCGAGGCCGAACUUGUGGAGGUGCUUGAAGGAGCAUCGAAUGAGGAGAAAAAAGAUAUUUCAAAUGCUUUGGUCAUUCAAGACCUCAAUCCAGUUUUGCAGCAGAGAGACGGUCAGUUUUAUUUCAUCAUGUUUGUGGCUGUGAUCCUUUUUGCCGGUUUCAUCAUUGGAGCAUGCGUCAUGGGCAUUUUCAUGUGGCACAGAGUUGACAAGCUCACUGUUGUCAAAUACAAAGGUUCAUUGCUGAACGAUACGCUGACGGACACCAGUCGUGACGGGAUGAGCCAGCGGAGCUCAUGGCAUAUGUCCCAAGAGGACUUCGACGCCUUGGGCUAUCCGUCUAUUCCAAGUCACUGGACCAAAGAAUGGAUGGUGGAACAGAUUGAGUUGGAAAAGGUCGACCCUCGGGUGAAUCCCAACCUGCUGUUGGAAGAGACCUCGCAGGAAUUCUGGGACAACAUGUCGCGGAAACCCUACGCCAAGGCCAUUUUGAAGUCGGAAAGACACUGGAGCAAACGAAGAAACGCUUGGCUCCGGCAGUUCGAGCAGGUCGAGAUGGCCAACGCGCUGCGUUCGGAGCUGGCCGAGGAGCUGGAGAACUGCCCGCCCGAGCUGAAACGCAUGGUGCAGCCCAUGCUGAAGUACAAAAUCGCUGAGAUCGCCCUUGGCACCUCUCUUCGUGCCGCGCGACAGCAGCGCGUCCCUCUCUCUGCCAUCCUGCAACGGGAGGAGCAGGUCUUGGAACUCCGCAGCCUGCGGCAGCGCCUGGACGCGGGCGGCGCCACGGAGGCAGAGCGGUUGCUUCAGGAGUUCACUGCCCGAGCGAAGGAUCGACUAAAGUUGACGCAGGAGGAAGAGGCACAACGCAGCGAAACCAUGGUGGUAGACACCGACACCAUGGCGAAGCUCAUGACGCGCGCGCAGAAGCUCAGAAAAGACGGCUACGUCUCAUGGGAACAAGGUUCCGUGGAGGAAGCCUUUGAGAGCUGGUGCGAGAGCGAAGCCUGCUUGUUCCGCAAGCGGCUGCAGCCGGAAGAUUUGGCAGGAAACAAGAUGAUAGAUGACCUGCACUCCAUUCUCCUCAAAAACGUCUCUCAGGCCGCAAUCAAGCUGGGCCAUUGGUCCGAUGCACUGCAAGCGGCAGAUGAUGCCUUGGCCAUCGAUGACGAGGACCACAAAGCCUGGUUCCGCCGCGCCUGUGCUCUUGAAGGCCUAGGUCGCUACCGCGAGGCCACCGAAGCCCUGACUUCGAUCGAAGGGAUCGCGGUGGGCCGCGCGGAUCGACAGCGCAUCGAGAAGGACGUCCAAGCACGGCGAAAGCAGAUCGCGCUGCUGGAGUCGAAACACGAAGGGACCGAAAAGUUGGCGCUGCAACGGGCCCUGCAGCAGGGCGUCUUUGGGCGAGAGGCUGAAGCGGUGGAAGAUCAGGAUUUGGAAGCAUUGGAGGAAGAGUUGAAGCAACUGGAGGAGGAGGAAGCACACCUCGAUGCCGAGGUUCCCAAGGAUCUAGCGCCCUUCGCGGCGGGGGACCGAAUAGUGACUCUGGAGAACCUGGGGGACAUCAGUGCAGGGCAUGAGGGCAGUGUUGUAGAGGUGGACAAGGACGGAGACAUCAAGGUCUUGUUCGAUGGACAGACCGAGGCUCAGUUGAUCUUCCACGUGGACUUCGACACGCUGGCGCCGGCCGGUGCGAUGCCAACUCCCUCGGCGCCAAGCGUGGAGAAGAAAUACCUUACGCAUGAGGGCGCCUGUGACCUGUUGGAGGCGUUGGCUUCCGCCUAUGAUGACCCUGGCUUUCAACGCCAGGUGUCGAAGCUGUGCCGAGACGUGCGGUGGAAUGUGAAGGAGUUCACCAGGCACUUGCCGAAGGUGGCCUUGGAGGUGCAGCGCUGGGUCCUCCCCCGUUGGGGCUUCGAUCCCACGACCGUCGGAGCGCGGGAGGCGGAAGUGGCGCUGGCGGCUGCGAAGGAGCGCUCCACGGGAGGUUAUCGACAGCAGCAGCUGCAGCGCUUAUCGGAUGAGGUGACCAGGAGUCUUUUUGGGGAGAUGUACCCCGUGGUCUUCCAGAAGGGCGCGAACGUUUCCGCACCAACGUCCUGA